CAGCAUCUCCGGAGCUGCGGAGCGAAGCAUAGGACAGAAACACAGUGUUCACAAACACAAUGAGCUGGAAUUAACUCACCGACUGUCCGCCGCGAUGCCCGAACCGGAUAUUUAACCACCGAACCUCCUCGUCUGCUUCGGAUCAGCGCGGAGAGCGGACUUUAAUUCAUCAAUGAGAUCUGCGGAGAGGUUCUGCCGCUCGGUGGAAACGCAGAAAAACACAAGAUGAAGAAGCAGUUCAACCGCAUGAGACAGCUCGCCAACCAGACAGUAGGCAGAGCUGAAAAAACAGAAGUAUUGAGUGAGGACCUACUGCAGGUCGAGAAACGACUGGAGUUGGUCAAGCAAGUUUCCCACAGCACACACAAGAAGCUGACUGCCUGUCUGCAGGGUCAGCAGGGUGUGGACGUGGACAAGAAGUCUGUCAGGUCGCCCUCGAAAAAGCUUCCUCUUACAACACUUGCACAAUGUAUGGUGGAGGGGGCGGCCGUGCUGGGGGACGAGUCUCUCCUGGGGAAGAUGCUGAAGCUCAGUGGCGAGACGCAGGAAAAACUGGCUCAGGAGCUCAUCUCAUUCGAACUCACCAUCGAGAAGGAUGUGAUCGAACCGCUGUGUGACCUAGCAGAGGUGGAAAUCCCAAACAUCCAGAAACAAAGGAAACAUUUAGCAAAACUGGUCCUGGACAUGGACUCUGCUCGCACAAGGUACUACCAGUCUAACAAAUCCUCGGGACUAUCCAGCAAUCUGCAGCCAACAGGAGCCAAGGCCGACCACCUCAGGGAAGAGAUGGAGGAGGCAGCCAACCGCAUGGAGAUCUGUCGAGAUCAGUUAUCAGCCGACAUGUACAGUUUUGUGGCCAAAGAAAUAGACUAUGCAAGCUACUUCCAGACAUUGAUAGAAGUCCAGGCAGAGUACCACAGGAAAUCGUUAGAGCUGCUUCAGUGUGUUUUGCCGCAGAUCAAAGCUCAUCAGGAGACCUGGGUGGAAAAACCAUGCUACGGGAAAUCAUUAGAGGAGCACUUAGCGCUGAGUGGGAGAGAUAUCGCCUUUCCUAUUGAAGCCUGUGUCACUAUGCUGCUGGAGUGCGGCAUGCAAGAGGAGGGUUUGUUCCGAAUCGCUCCUUCGGCCUCCAAGCUGAAGAAGCUGAAGGCGUCUCUGGACUGUGGCGUGAUGGACGUCCAGGAGUUUUCCACAGACCCACACGCCAUUGCAGGUGCUUUAAAGUCGUACCUGCGUGAACUCCCCGAGCCACUAAUGACCUUUGAGCUCUACAGUGACUGGAUCCAGGCCUCCAACAUUCAGGACCAGGAGAAGAGGCUGCAGGCUCUGCUGGGCGCCUGCGAGAAGCUGCCGUGUGCCAACAACAGCAACUUCAAGUAUUUGAUCAAGUUUCUCUCCAAGCUGACUGAAUACCAGGAUGUGAACAAAAUGACUCCUGGAAACAUCGCCAUCGUCCUCGGCCCCAACCUGCUGUGGACUCACGAUGAAGGUAACAUCACAGAGAUGAUGACGACCGUCUCCCUUCAGAUCGUCGGCAUCAUCGAGCCCAUCAUCCAGCACGCCGACUGGUUCUUCCCUGGAGAAAUUGAGUUUAAUGUCACUGGGAACUACGGAAGCCCAGUGCACACCAACCACAACGCCAACUACAGCCUGAUGCCGUCUCCGGACCUGGAUCAGGUGGACCGGAGGCAGAACGAUCAGAACCGACGGCCGCUGAGCGUCGCCACGGACAACAUGAUGCUGGAGUUCUACAAGAAAGACGGCAUAAGGAAGAUCCAAAGCAUGGGUGUCAGGGUGAUGGACACUUCUUGGGUGUCACACAGGGGUCCGUCAUCAACGCGUAAAACAUCCUCAACACCGCCAAACGUGCACCCCUCUACCCCGCCCGCUGACGCUCCCAUCCCCGAGCAGCCUGGGGAUUUCUACGCGUCCCCGUCCCCCACCCCUCCUCCCACUAGCAGCGACCGAGCCAGCUCAGACGAUGCUUCUUCCAACUGGUCCGACUCCUGUUACGUCUAUCCCUCCCCUGAGGAGGAGCGGCCGCCUCCCCCUUAUCCCUCCUUCUGUUCCUCCUCCUCUUUCUCCUCUUGCUCCUCCAACUCGUUCCCUCUCCACUAUAGCUACACCCGAGCACUGCAGAGUAUGCGUCCCGCCGCUCCCACUCCUGAAUCCGUCGUGCCCCCUGGUCCGUCCCCUCCGCCACGCCUAGCCGGAUGCAGCCCGCCCCCGUUCCCCUUCUCCCCGUGCCCGUCUCCCCAGCAGCUUGACGUCAACUCCAACCCCAAACCUAACUCUCUGCACCUGCCCAAACGGGCCUCCCUGCCCGACACUAUGCAUGCGACCUCAUCCGAAACGAAUGGCUCCACCCUUUACAUCAAACCCCCGCUCGUUCUUACCCGUCACGACCUGUUCCUGGGUUCCCCUAAACCCCCCAAUGCCCCUGUUUCUGCUCCCCCUCCGUGGGCAGCCUCUGCCUGUAGCCGGGAGAAAGGAGCCAAGCUGAAGAGCACUCUGAAAAACAAAGAGCUGUCUCCGGUGAUCGGACAAAAGGGACUCCAAGGAGUAGUGACCCCUAGUGGACAGUCACAGCACUCUGAGCACAGCCCACACAGUCUGAGGAGAGCAAAGAAGCUUGCCCCUAUCCCACCAAAAGGCCCUUACUGCCAGACAGGAGCCAUGUCAGACCAGUCGACAGGUCAACCGUCUCCAGUCAGUCUGUCGCCCACCCCUCCAAGCACACCCUCCCCUUACGGCUUCAGCUACCCACAGGGUUAUGCCACCAUUGGUUCCCCGAGCCAGUCCCAGACGGCAACCACCCCAUCUCUGUCUUCUCCGCCCUCGCUGGCAGGCACACUCACCAAGCCCAGACCAACCCCUAAGCCUCCCCGCCAGAGGCCCAACCUGCCUCCGCCUCAACCCCCCUCCACACCCGGCACCAGCCCCCAGCCUCUGGAACAUUCAUCCGGUCUCCUGGACGGUUUACCCCCUGGGGAAAGCAUGUCCACAGAUUCCCUCUGCAACUUGGACAUCCCCGUCAUCAACAUGGAGCUGGACAGCAUCUUCGACUUGACGCACAUCUCCCCCUUCAGGAACUCAGAGGCGCUUCCGCUGUCGCCAAAAAGCAAAGCAGACUCUGAGGAGGAGUCCGAAAGCACAGUGCUAUGACCCAACAUCGCAUCGUGUCCCGUCAGACCUCACCCGCCCUUCAUCCAGAGGAACCGACAUGUAAAAACAAGCUCCUCUUCUCAAGGAGCUUUCCAUUUCAUCUACGAUUAGCAUUUUACAGUUCCAUUUCCUGGAUUAUUUUAAGAUUUUUUUUCUAUGUUUUCUAUUUGUUUUUGCCUUAUUUAAAUCACAUGCAAUAUUGCCUUUAACGCCACGCAGGAGGCUGUCUGGAUGCUGGAGGAAUGGGAGUUCCCCGCUGCUGCUGCUGCUGCUGCUGCUGCUGUGUAAUGAGUGACACAACAUCACCCCUCGUUUCCCACACCGAUACAUUUUUCCCCUUCACUCCCCUCACUCCUCAGGGGUGUCCGUCUGAAAUGCCUCGCUCGUGUAGUUCUGUCCAGCCUGAGCGUUCACUGUGAGUGUCGGUAUGCGUGUGCGUGUGUGACGUGACAAUUGUACGACAUGAUGUUGCACUUGUUGGUGUGGUGGAGCAAAAGCAGGAGUGCAUUGUUUUAGACCAAUGGGCGAUAAUGUGCUUUUCUUUAAAAACAACAAAAAAAGACAUUCAGUUAGGAUAUCAGACACUGGAUAUUUAUUGUUUAUACAAUAUAUUUUCAGAGUAAAUGAGAUGUUGACAAUAGGAAUCCAAUCAGAUCAUAUUUUGUAUGAAGUUUUACAGGGGACAUUUUCACUUUUAAUGGAUGCAGGCAGGGAGCUUGAAAAUAUAUGACAUGCAUACUGUAGUUUAUGAAAGAUUGAGAAAUCCAGACUCUAAUUAUUUUGGCAGCAAUCAAAGCUGCAUGGGACCUUUUUAUAUUUCAUUCCUCAGUCUGGAGAAGGUUUACGAUAAUAUGGAUGAGUAGGACUGGUAUUAUGACCCCUGGACUUUCCAACAAAGCUGCUAUAGUGCCAGUGCAGGACGCUGCUACCCCAGCUUCUCCACUGUGGAAGAAAAGCCCACUCUCUCUGUGACAUUAUCAGACAUGUACUCCAAGAAUACAUGGGGAGAGGAAAGAAAAUGAUGCUUGAUUUUCUGUUUUGUUUAUUUUUUUAGGUCAAAACCUGUAAAAAAAAAACAACACAAAUCCAUAAAAAAUUAGUUAACAAAAUAACAGAGUGUAAUUUAAGCUCAGAGUAGAUGCAUCUGUUCUGUGAAGGUUUGUUAGAGGAUAUUGAUGAAAUCUGGCUUUGAUGGAAGAGAGGCAGGAAGAAAGACAUGAGGGGAGCGGUUUCCAGGAUCUGUAGUCAGAUGAAACCCAAACUUGUUCAUUAAAAAAAACCAAGUGAGAUGUGAGUCUGUCAAUGUACAUCUUGAACACGACGUUCCCGAUCAUGGCGAUGCUUUGCUUCAGCAGAGAGAGAAAAGCCGGUCGGAUCUGACUGGAAAGAAGGGUAGAUGUAAAAAAAAGUAUUCCUUCAGGAAGCAAUCAUUUCUCAAUAGUGGAGGGUCCAGACCUUCUGUACAAAGCAAAUCAUAUAACCAGACAACCUUCCAACGCAACAUACAACCAGAUCUAUAAAGAUUUGUUUAUAUCUAAGUAAAUCUAUGUUAAAACGGCGCAGUCAGACUGAGAAUUGAUCUUCACAGACUCUCCAUUCGAUCUGAUGGAGUUUGAUGUGCAAACUCUGGCAGAGAGCCUAAAAUACUGUAACCGCAGUGAAACGUGGUUCUGCGAAGGCAUGCCUGAACUUUACAGAUUUUUUUUAUUUGUAAAAUGUUUUAGAUCCAUGCAUCAUUGUCCUUCCACUUCAGCCAUGUGGAUGCUUUUCCGAGGCGUUGCGUCAUGAGUGCAGCUGCCUGCAUCACAGUUAUCUUUACACUGGAACAGAUUUCUCCCAGUUCUAACAAGUAAAGCACUUUGGGUAGAAGAUAAUGGGGCUCUUCACUCACUAUGAAGCUGGUAUAGCUGGUUCUAUUAAAAAUGCAGCAGCUCUUUAGCUACGUCAUCUUAAACUAUCUCUGCAGUGGAUGCUUUUCCUGCUACAGCAAGAUAACAAGAUCUGGCAGCAGCAGCAGCUUAGUACUGGAACCAGUUUGUGUUGUGCUGCACUCCAGGCUUCACAUGAGAAAUAACCCAAGCAGUCUGUUGUCAUAUCAUAACAACAACAACAACAACAAAAAAAGACAGAUCUUAAGCGCCACCAGAAAGAAAAUGUGCUGUAUUUUUAUGAAUAAGCACAUAUUUAUUUAUUUAUUUAUUUCAUCACAGUGCCAUUACACCUGCAGUUCCAGUUUAUAGGAAACGCUGAUGAUGCUGAUAUUUUUUUUGGGGGUGCGGGGGGUUUACUGGUGAUCCAGAGGCAAGUGCAAAGAUAUCUGUAUAUUUGUUUAUUUUGAUGAGAGUAUUUAUAGAUAUAUGUCUGAGUGCGGUUUACUUGGUGUAAGGAGCAGCGAGGAUUUGCGCUUCACGUGAAUCUUGUCUGAGGAUUUAAGAAAAAAAAAAAAAGAAAUUACGUAUUCAGACACAGGACCAGAUUUUUUUCUGCUGCCGCAUUAAAACUUGAAAAUCAGUCAAACUGAUGUAACGAGGUUAGGAACAGCAGCAGUUUGCUACAUGCCUUGUGGAGGGUUUCGUCGUGACCCAUUCAACCUGUAGGACCUUCGGUUUCUGUCCUGAGAACGUCCACUGUGCUGCUCUGCCAUCGCCUCUCUGUAAGUGCGAAAUUACAAAACCACAGGACUUUUGUAAAUCUUGAUGCGUCUGUACAUAUUUAUUCUGUACAUACGGACAACAGGAAGAGUCAGAUAUAUCGAAAUCUAUUCUCAUUUACUGAAAACUAAACACGCUGUACAUAUAUGAUUAUAAUGUUGGUGGUUGUAGCACAAUAGUGUCACAUUUACACAUCAGAUGUUGGCUUCACUUUUCUACAUGGAAUCAUAGUGUUUGUGUUGCACACUUCCUGACCUUUCAGUCCUGUUUUUAGCUUUAUAGGUAGAAAAAACAGACAAUACCACAUCUAUGUUUGUCUUUUGCUUCUUGGUCUGACAAGUCAUUGCAGCCACAUGAUGCAGGAUGACGUUUAACUGGAUACUCAAGUUAUUUUGGCCAUUUGUUUUUACAUUUGAAUGUGUGAAUGUGUAUAUUUUAGUUCUAAUUAUUUACACUACUUGACAGCAGAAACUGCACCUGUGAUCGUGGGAUUGGUCAUGCUGCACCUGUCAGCAAAACUGCCUGAUAGUCUAGAUCAGGGGUGUCAAACUCAUUUUUGUUUUGGGCCAAAUCAAGAUCAUGAAUGCUCUUAAAGGGCCGGUCGUGCCAGAAUGUAUUGAUAAAACCUGUUCACAAACUGUUAAAAUAUCAAUGAA